GAUGAGUAAAAAGCUUUACAGGAAACCCUAGAAGACUGGACACACACCAGAUGCUCAUAGAGCUAUCUUAAAACAUAAUCUUCGAGAGGAGAAAAGAGUUAGAAUUUAGAAUCAAUUUCAGACUGUGAUAACAUCGAAGAUACAAAACAUGAUUGUGAAUGAAAGAUUGUUGUAAAGGGAGCAAUAUUUAAAAGAAAGAAAGAGAGAAAGAAAGAAAGAAAGAAAGAAAGAAAGAAAGAAAGAAAGAAAAAAAAAAGAAGGAAGGAAGGAAGGAAGAAACUUCACCUUUCAAAAGAAAUCUUUUCAGAGAGAUGAUUCUUGGCCAAAAUCUUGGCAGAAUGAUCUUCUGCGUCGAGCAAAAUGGAUUAUCAAGCCACGAGCCCCUACUAUGACAUUGAAUACGAGCUGUCGGAGCCCUGCCAGAAAACCGACGUGAGGCAAAUCGCAGCCAGGCUCCUGCCUCCGCUCUACUCACUCGUGUUCAUUUCCGGCUUCGUGGGCAACCUGCUGGUCGUCCUCAUCCUCAUCAACUGCAAAAAGCUGAGGGGCAUGACUGACGUCUACCUGCUGAACCUGGCCAUCUCCGACCUGCUCUUCCUUUUCACCCUCCCCUUCUGGGCCCACUAUGCCGCCAACGGGUGGGUCUUCGGGGAUGGGAUGUGUAAGACGGUCACCGGGCUCUAUCACGUCGGGUACUUUGGCGGAAACUUCUUCAUCAUCCUCCUGACCGUCGAUAGGUACCUGGCCAUCGUCCACGCUGUGUUCGCUUUAAAGGCCAGGACGGUCACCUUUGGGGCGGUGACAAGCGCGGUCACCUGGGCGGCGGCCGUGGUCGCCUCUCUGCCGGGGUGUAUCUUCAGCAGAUCCCAAAAAGAGGGUUCUCGUUUGACGUGCAGCCCUCAUUUUCCAUCCAAUCAGUAUCAUUUCUGGAAGAACUUCCAGACACUGAAGAUGACCAUCUUGGGCCUGGUCCUGCCCCUGCUCGUCAUGAUCAUCUGCUACUCCGCGAUCCUCAGGACCCUGUUCCGGUGUCGGAACGAGAAGAAGAAGCACAGGGCCGUGAAGCUCAUUUUCGUGAUCAUGAUCGGUUACUUUCUCUUCUGGGCCCCCAACAACAUCGUCCUCCUGCUGAGCACCUUCCCGGAAUCCUUUGGCCUCAAUAACUGCAGUAGCUCCAACAGACUGGACCAAGCCAUGCAGGUGACGGAGACCCUGGGAAUGACGCACUGUUGCAUCAACCCCAUCAUCUACGCCUUCGUCGGGGAGAAGUUCAGAAGCUACCUCUUGGUGUUUUUUCAAAAGCACAUCGCCAGGCGCUUCUGCAAACGUUGUCCUGUCUUCCAGGGAAAGGCCCCCGACAGAGCGAGCUCGGUUUACACCCGAUCCACCGGAGAGCAGGAAAUCUCUGUCGGCUUGUGACCUGGACCAGGUGUUUGUACACAGCCUAGGGGCAGGAGUGACCCUUUUAAAAAGGAAGUUACUGUCAUAGAGGGCCUAAGAGUCAUCCGUGCACCUGGCAUCUAUCCCACCAUUGAAGCCCGUCACGUCUGGAAAGCCGAAUCAAUAUAUGUUGAUGACAUAGCAAACCUCCUCACCUCCCCUCCGCACACAACAACUUAUUGGCAAACUCUUCCUUUGCUGCAAAAAUUUCAUUAUAAAAAAAAAAAAAAAAAAGCCCCAGAGAACUGCUAAUUCUUGAGUUUGGUGACCCAAACAGGAAUAACAAAACCAAUCAAGAUGCAUAUUGUACGGUUUCUGAUCUGCUCGAGGCAACAGGUGCAGGUUGUAAGUGUGCUGAAAGCAGGUGCUUGUGGGUGAUCUGUUAAGAAACGAGCUCUUCCAAGAGCGAUCUCCCCUCCAGGGUGUGGUUGGCAAGUUCCACAGGCGAUCAGGACCGGGUGAGAGCUGCGAAGGCUUCUUCAGGGAGAAGGGGAGAGGGGAGGAAGGUUAGCUCCAGGCCUGCAGGCCCCGCACAUGCGCGGGGCGGCUCUGCGGUGGGGGGUCGGCACUGGCUGGGGAGAGGCAAGGCGAGCCCGGACCAUAGGGAGCCUGCACGGCACCGCUUGUCAAAGCCAGAGCAGAGCGGGGGGGAUCCCCGGCCACUGUCGCCGGAAGCUCGUUGAGCGGCCGAACGAUGGCCUAGAAAGGUGAGCCUUUAGGUCGGGUGAGGCGAGGAGGCUUUCCAUGUAGGUCCAGGGACCAGGGAUGGUGACACCCUUGCAGCAUGCAGGAUGAGAGUCAACAGAACUUGGGGUGGAUUGGGGUUGGAGGUGAGGGGCCGUGGGGAGGCAGAGAGAACCUCUAGGCUUCACGCACGAGGACUGGAGAUGCCCUUAAGGAAACGUCAGGCAUGGAAAGGGGCCAAGGCUUGCAUCGAAACCAGGAGGGGCUGGUGGAAGAGGAAGCCUCUGGUUUUGCCAGCUUUAACACAGCCUUCCGUAGACAGACCCUGGGCUCUCUAGCGGUGGCCGCUCCUGCCUUUGGAGUUGUCCUUCCCAGCCCAGCUCCAACCAGGGGGCGUCUCCAGGGGGCUUGGAAGCACUAGGUUUAGGAAAUGCGGGGAGUCUGAGGCCUGGGAACACGUUUACGUCAGCUAUGACAUCCAACUACGACUGUGUCGUUAAUGAACAUCCAGGGCUUUUAUAAGCACUAAGCAAAGAAGCCCCGGAGGGGGGAGGGAAGCCAGGAUGACUAAGUUUCUGCCCACAGGACACACCACUGCCUCCCUAAGCGUUGUCUUCCGGAGUUAACUCGCAGUGGGCAGAGGGGAGAAGGGACAGAUUCAUUUGGAAACAGGCCGCCUCCAGCUGACUCAGCUCCGAGAAGCACCAUUUUACGGAACUCGGUGUUUUCAGGCUGAGUGCGGUGGCUUUAGACUCUCCUUCCAAACACCUUCUCCCGACACACCCCCAGACACUAAGGGAUCUAUUCCUUUCAAAGACAGGGUCAUGAUUUCGUGUUUGGCAGUUGCUCCUUGUACUUUUUUGUACCUGCCCAAGAUGGUUUGGAAUCCGGGAGGAGCUAAGACCAUUUGGGAGACAUUAGGUGAGGCAACAUCAAAGCAGUGAGACUCACUCACAAGAUGAAGGUAUCAGAAUAGUAAGAGGUGCUACUGAUGUUUCUCAGCUCUGAAAUAUGACCUUGAGAGCGCGGGUGUCGACGGGGAGCAACCAGAAGUGCUCUUGAGGUCGUUUCAAGGGCACAAGCAUCCUAUGACCUAGCCUCUGGGUCAACUCAAAGGCACUCUGAGAUCUUUGUGUGUAGAAUACAUAGCAUGUAUGAUGUGAUCCGGCUCAUGUAUAUAGAAAGUUACAAAUCGCUUGGAAGAAAACCCUUGCCUAGUAAAAAAUCACCCUGUAAAAUAA